CACAUACAGACGAACGGACAAAUUUCACCUAGCCAGGUAAAUUAAACUUUGGAUGAGUGCUGAAUGAUUCCCAAGAAGAGACGCGACCAUGGCGAGGUCAAAGGCGAGGAUGUACACAUGUUCCGCACUGAUGCUGCUUUGCGUCAUCGUCCUGUUUGUGUGCGUCAGUCUACUUGUGAGGCGCAUUUGUCCAAAAGGUUCUUUCUCCCACGCUGCAGUGGCCGCAGACACUUGGACAUGUUCCCAAAUUGGACGGGAGAUGCUCCAAAAAGGAGGAUCAGCGGUAGAUGGCGCCAUUGCUGCUUUGCUUUGCACCUCACUCAUGAACCCACAGAGUAUGGGCCUGGGAGGCGGAGCCAUAUUCACAGUGAUGGACAGCAGAGGGAAAGUAAAAAUCAUCAACUCCAGAGAGCGUGUCCCUGAAAUGUUUAGCCCCGACAUACUGAAGUCGUGUCCCAACACCUUCCGCUUUCUCCCAGGUGGUCAGUGGAUGGGAAUUCCAGGAGAAAUCCGUGGUUAUGAACAAGCACACAAGCUUUAUGGCAAGUUGCCAUGGGCCAGCCUCUUCCAGCCAAGCAUCCAGCUGGCCAGACAGGGGAUCCCAAUUUCCCAAAUCCUCGGUCAAUACAUUCCUUACAGUGAUAGCAAUGACUCGCGACCACUGCGUGAGCUGUUCUCAGAUAAAAAUGGAAACCUCCUGCAAACUGGUGAUAUUGUGAAAUUCGAGACACUGGCCAACACAUUGGAGACAAUAGCAAAUCUCGGAGCAGAUGCUUUCUACACUGGAAAAAUAGCAGAAGAUUUGAUCCGUGACGUUCAGGAGGCAGGAGGAACACUGACAAUGCAGGAUAUGGCAUCUUACAAAGUCACAGUGAGUGAUGCAUGGAAUAUUACCUUGGGAGAGUACCAGAUGUAUAUCCCUCCUCCCCCUGCAGGGGGCAUCCUCCUCAGCCUCGUCCUCAAAAUCAUGGAAGGAUAUGACCUGAAUCCAGAAUCUUUGAGACGUGAACAAAAAACAUUGUUUUACCACCGCUAUGUUGAAGCUCUCAAGUUUGCGAAUGGAUUGAAAAGACAUCUCCGCGAUCCUCAGUUCAGCUUGGGGGAACUGCCAAAGAAAUUGACUGAGGACAGCUUUGCCAAUCACAUCCGCAGUUUGAUCACUGAUGACAUGUCGCACCAGCCCCAGUAUUACAACAUGACGUCAUAUUUGGACAGUAUGGGCACCACGCAUGUCUCUGUGUUGGCCCCGGAUGGCUCCGCUGUGUCUGUCACCAGCAGCAUCAACCACAUAUUUGGUGCAAAGAUCUUUUCGCCACGCACCGGAGUCAUCCUCAACAAUCAGUUGUCUGACUUCUGUGGGAAAGUUGAUAGUUUCUAUUCAGGGGAGCAGCCGCCUUCCUCCAUGUCUCCCGCUGUGCUGAGGUCUAAGUCAAAGAUGCUGGUGAUUGGCUCAACUGGUGGGACUAUGAUCACGACUGCAAUGGCCUCAGCAAUCAUGAACCAUCUUUGGUUUGGAAAGAGCCUCAAGGAGGCGAUUGCCGCUCCAGUUGUUUUUGUUGACUCUGAAAAUGCAGUGAAAUUUGAGCCCGACUUUGACACGCAUUUAAUAGAAGAGCUGAAAGCUCGGGGACACAUUCAGAAAACUGCCAAGAAAUUCUACAACGUGGUCAAUGCUGUUGAAAAGGAGGACGGCUGUAUCUGUGCUGUGUCUGACGCAAGGAAAUUGGGGAAAGCCGCAGGUUACUGACACAUGGUAUCAGUAAAAAUGGAUAUGGCAUAAAGGUCAAAUGUGUGGCUAAACAAAAAUAUGCAACAUGUAAUAAUAAUACUAAAGAAAACCAAUAUAGAAAACAGUGAAACCUCAGUUUUUCUUAUUAAUUUCUUCCACCAAAAAUCGAAAUGUACAAAAAUCAAAACAAUUUUUCUCACAGGAAAUAAUGUAAAUUCAAUUUAUCUGUUCCUGACACCCAAAAAUAUGAACAAAUAAUACAUUUUACAUAGAAACAAUGCAAAAUAAUUAUAAAUGAUGACUGGAAGGAACUUAUUGUUGAUGGACAUCCCAUACAUCCUGACGAGAUAGAAUUCAAUAGUGUUUCUCUCCUUCUUUAUCACAUUGUUGGCACUCGCAACUUUCUUGGGCCCCAUGGCGGGUUGUUUAGCAUGAGCACGCAAUAAAAAAUGCCUGGGCAGGGAGUCAGCAACGCAUAGAGUGCUUUGUUUGGGAACUUUAUUUCACAGAAUGGUACUGUAGAGGGCAAACAGACCAGUUUGUUAAAUGUAAUCUUGUACAAAAACCGAGACUGUGUACGAAAACCGGGGAAAAAUUUUCAUGAACAUUUUCAACGAAAACCUAAUCAUAUAAAAACCAGGGUGUGCGAAAACCAAGGUUUGACUGUACGUGCUACUUUUAUAUGAAAAUAACUGCAACAUUCCAACAUUAUGCUACACUGGUUUGUAACAAGGGGAAUAGCACCCCUUAUUACCACGCCGCCGAACAGCAACCUCACUAAGUUCAGAGUUUGAGCUGAUAUUAUAACUUUUGUUGUUUACAAUAGACAUGUAUUCCUGUGUGAGCAUUUUUAAAAGCACAUUUAUUGCUUCUGUGUAGGCUCUCAGUCGUACAGGAGUUGUCCAUCGAGGAAAAGGCUUCUUGAGACGUCAUCUGUACUUCUGUGUAGAAGGUGUCGGACGUUUCGCUCCUCAUCCGAAGAGCUUCGUCAGCAAACUAAUAAGUGCUGGUAGCUUAGGCCUUAAAUACAGUAAGAGUGGGCGGAAUUGGUGUGCCAACACCCUCCUCCUAUUGGUUCGUUACACUAAGCCUGGGCGGAGCAGUGGUAUAAUCCUAUCCUGUUAUUCACACCUACGAUAAAAGGGAAGUGUCGCUCCCUGAAUUGGGUAUGAACGACUCUGAUACUGGCUUGUUAGCAUCUAUUGUUCUGGCUCGGCCCUGCCUUCACCUCAUUUGCAAGA